AUGGGCUCCGGACUUGCCACCCCGUCGGGACAACUGAUUGCGGUACGGUCUAUUACCGGCGUUGCGGCGUCACUGUGCUUACCUAGUGCGGUCGGUAUCGUGUCUCGCAGUUUUCCUGCUGCGAGCAGACCUCGCAGUCGAAGCGCUGCCUUCUCUGCCAUGGGAGGCGGCCAGGCUGUGGGCUUCGGGCUGGGGCUUGUUAUGGGCGGUGUCUUUAGCGAUACAGUCGGUUGGCGCUGGGGGUUCCACGCCACCGCAAUUUUGAAUUGUGCUGUACCGGGCCUUGCUCUCUGGGCGUUGCCACCAAGCAUCGACGACGGUCCUUUCAGCAUAGCCGUGAUUGGUCGCCUUCCGAAAGAAAUCGACUGGGUAGGAGCCGCCAUAAUAAGUGCCAGCCUGGCGCUGCUAUCCUACGAACUCGCUGUCUUCUCCGGGACGCAAGCAGAACGGCAAAUACGCCAGCCGCUCAAUAUUGCGCUGCUAUGCCUGGCGCUGGUGUUACUGCCAACGUUCGCCUUGUGGAUGCGAUUCCAGACCCAACGUAGCCAACCGGCUUUGAUCCCUAACAGUCUUUGGACGAACCGGUCAUUCACCGCUGUAUGCGCCACAGUUUUUUUGGUUUGGGGUUCUCUCAAUGCUAGUGAGCAAUUAACCACCUUGUAUCUUCAAGAUGUGCGCGGGGUUUCAGCUCUGACUUCGUCACUCUAUUUCCUUCCUGCGCCUAUUUGCGGUGCGCUGAUGAAUGUUGCUGUUGGCUUCUUUCUCCCCCGCAUGAACCCAGCAUUAGCAGUGGCUGCCGGCUGUCUUGUCAGUGGCAUCGCACCACUUUUGCUAGCGACUCUAUGUCGCAUGGAUGGGCCCAGUUACUGGAAGGCCGUAUUCCAGGCUAUGGCUUUGAACCCGCUCGGGGCUGACCUAGCCUAUGUUAUCGCGAACCUAGUGGUGACUGCUGCCUUUCCGGCUAGGAUGCAGGCUCUCGCAGGGGGUGUCUUCAACAUGACCUCGCAGAUUGGGAAGAGUGUUGGCAUCGCAACCACAGCAGUCAUCGCUCAGCAGGUGACUGCACAGACGCAAGGCCUUGGAACGGCAGAGGCGGUCUUGCAAGGCUAUAAAGCUGGUUGGUGGUAUAACUGCAGUAUGAGUUUUAUUUCAGUCUUUUUGAGCUACUGGGAACUCAGAGCCAUCGGUAGAUUGGGAGAAAAGAGGGAGUAA